AUGUCGAACGAACGAAAUGAAUUAUCGAUUCAAGCGAAAAAAGAACUGUUGAUUUGCUACGACGUAGCCCAACUUUCAAACCUUUCUCAACAUAGAGCUGCCUCAAUAUUGAAUAUUUCAGUAGUGGCAUUAAGAAGACUGUUAAAAAACCGUAAAGAAAUUGAAGAACACCGAAUCGUAAAAACUGAGGAAAAAAAAUUUCGUCGUCAUUACCUGCGAGAAAAACGAGAAAAUGACAAGCUAUUAAUUGACAUGGAGGAGGGAAUGGUCCGAUGGUUCGAAUACGCGAGUUCUUUAAGCGUACGGGUGAGUAAAAUGAUUUUACUAGAUAAAGCCAGAAGUUUGGCUACAGUACUUGGAGUUGAAAAUUUUGAUCCUGAUAAUAAAUGGUUAGAGCAAUGGAAAAACAAGUACAAUAUUUCUAAUAAAAGAGUUAAACUGGUCGCCGACCAAAAUAGAGGUGCCAAUUUUUUAAUAACUAACUGCGGCCUAAUAAAAUCUGUCAAAGACUUUUUCGAAAAUGUCAUGUCCAAUUACGACGUUAAUGACGUAUAUAGUUUAUUCGAGAUCGGCCUCUACUAUCGAGACCUUCCAAAUUCAAAUUGUGAGUUCAAAGGACCUCCGGAUAAUAGGGAAUGUCAAAAAUGUAUACAUAGACUUAGCAUUAUAUUUGCGUCCAAUAUAACGGGAACCAAUAAAAUUUGCCCCAGAAUCAUAGAUAAUAUACACAUUCCACGAUAUUUUCAAGACGUAAAAACGUUAUCUGUACAUUUUCAAGCGAGUUAUAAUACGUGGAUGACGAGCUGCUAUGGGUCGAUUUUAAGACGGUUGGACGAAGAGUUAUUGGGAAGAAAAAUUUUGGUCAUCAUUGACAAUGUGAUGGUAGAUUUACAAAUAGAACUGCAAAACAUCGAAAUAAAAUAUUUGCCGAGUAGCAUGGUAUCUGUUCACCCUCUUCGACAGAAUAUUAUGCGCAUCGAAAAAAUAUAUGAGUAUUAUCUAAAACAAAUGAAAUCUACAACCGCAGUUAACGCCGAAAAAUUCCCGACUUCUCACAAUACUGCGCAAAUCUCAGUCUCGGAUUCCAUUCAUAUGAUUUUCAAUGUUUGGGAAAACAUGUCACCUGCACAUAUCCGAAAUUGUUUUCGGAAAGUUGGUUUUAUAAAAACCAAAACCGAGGAAAUUAAUGAAAAUGUGUAUUUAAAUUUCAAACAUUGGAUUUCGAAUUACCGAAACUAUUUAUGGAUAAUUUCCAAUCAGUUACAGAGUGAAAAAAACCAACUCACUUCUACUCAGAAUAAUCUACAAAAAUCCGACGUUCAAUUACAUACCGCGAGUAAUAAUUACCAAAACCUUCAUUCGUCAACGAGAACGUACCAAACUACUAUCGACAAGAUAAAUAUAAAUAGCGAAACUUUUAAAACACAUGGAUACAAUUUUAAUUAG